GAAACCAACAACCAAUAUGUCAGCGUCCAUGCAUAGAUUCGCCCACAAAUUGUUUAAGUUCAUUUAUCAGAGUUUUUACUGAUUGACAGAGAUUUUUCAUGUGUUUUAAGAAAAUCUUGGGACAUUAAAAGUUGACAUACAUCUGGUUCCCAGCCAUCAUGCCUUUGUCCAUAGAAAGAGAGUUUGUUUACACGUUUGCUAGUAAAGAUGUUGAAAGUGUGCUGCGGGUUCCAGUCACUAUACCAUACAGCCAACCAGCGCGGGAUCUCACCGGACGUCUUGUGUUCGAGCAUAAUCUACCUUGUUACAUUGAAAAUGAUUUGACAGAAAAAUUACGAGAGUUUAUAGACAAAGAGACUGAUAAACUUCAUGAUGAGAAUGCCACAGAAGCUAUCGAGAAAGUGAGACAAGGACAGGUAGAUGUAGAUAAACUUGCUGAGGCCUGGGAGAAGGCAUAUAAACAGGAAGUAAAGGUGUUUGCCAAACCCGAGGAAGUGAGUGCGGAGCAACAAUUCUCCGAGGUUUAUCAUUCUCUUAUACAUUCUCCUGCCCUUGAGACAUUACUCAACCUAGAGCAUACAUAUGCCCUAACAAUAGAGGAUCUGAUUCAGCAGAGGGACCAAGAUUUACAACAUUUAAAUGAAAGUCAGCAGGAGGAGAUGCAAGAGGCGACGGGGAAAAGUUACACCGACGAACAAAUAAACACAAUGACGCAAAGAAAUAUUGACAAUUAUAAUAUGAUCGAAUCAAAAUGGACAAAUGAGUUAACCAAUCAACAAGAGAUUCAGAGGCGGGAAUACCGAGACUGGGUCAUGAAAGUUCACGAGGAUACAAAAGGCUCAAACACGCCUAAAUAUAUGCAGCGUGUCCGAGCAAUGACAAGUAACCUACCAGAAGCAGAGGAGGAAGAAAGACAUGCCCAGAUUAGGAUGGAGGAAAGCUUUACUAUCAUAUUAGGGGCUCAGAUGAAAACGACACACAAUCUUCGAUUACUUAGUGCCAGUAUACUAGAUCUGUGUAGACAUAAACCCCAUACUGUUGGUGGUGUUAUGGUAGCGCAGCCUCAGCGUCUACAGACAGCUAUGUCACUCUACUCUAAAAACUUAUGUGGUAUGAUCAUGUUAGUGGAUAAUAGGCUUAAUACAUACAGUGGUCUGAAGAAAGAGUUUGCCAAGGUAUGUGAACGCUCCACUGAUUUUCAUUUCCCUAACCUGGAGAAACAGUUCACAAAGAUAGAAGAGGAGCUGAAAACGGCAUGGGAGACAAGAAGGAAAGUAGCAGAAGAUAAUGAUAAAGUUAGCUUAAAGAGUACUGGUAGUGCUUCUAGUGGAGACACUCAGGAGAAGAGCUUAAAACUGUUUACUGGUGAUUUUUAUUUAACAAAACAUUCCAACUUAUCGGAGGUUCAUACAGUAUUUCACCUGGUCACGGAUGAUUCGUUGAGAUUUGAUGUCACAUCGAGACAUGCUGUAAUUCUUGCUUUACGUAACAUCAUCAAACUGUGCUGUAGAUAUGACAUCACAACAUUGACCAUUCCUUUACUUCUUACACAUGAAAUGUCAGAGGAGAUGACUAUACCCUGGUGUAUGAAGAGAUCCGAACUUGUGUUUAAAUGUGUAAAAGGUUUUAUGAUGGAAAUGGCGACGUAUGGUGGUGCAGAGGCUCUUACUAUACAGUUCCUAGUCCCUCUGGGUAUAUCAGAAGAACUAUUUUCUGGGAUCAGUAAUAUGCUACCAACUAUUUUCCGCUUGUCUAAUCCAGUCAUGGCUAAAUCCUCCUGAUACAAUAAGUCAUGUAGUGGUCCAUCAAUAACACUAUCUAAUGAAAGUGUAAUAUAGUGGUAAGACUUAGUGGUCAACGCCUGUGCAACAUCAACAUAUAAAACUGAAAAAAGUGUUGUCGUGUUCAUAAGGGUCAAAUCUACAACACUACCUAAUGAAAGUGUCAUAUAGUGUUAAGGCUUAGUGGUCAAUGCAUGUGCUACAUUAAUAGUGAUAUCUAAAAGAAGUGUUGUCAUGUUCAUAAGGGGUAACGAGCAACAUCUAAGAAAAGUGUCAUAUAAUGUUGAGACAAAGUGCUAUGUAAACAGUAGAUGACAUUAUUCAGCCAUUAUGAAUGAAGUUGUGAAUGAAUACAUUAUUUUAAGAAAAAAAGUUACAGAAUAAAUGACAUUAAUUUUAAUGAAAAAUUAUUUUAUUGAGGUAAACCUAUUAAAAUAUGGUAGAAUAUUCAAGAAAAAAUAUCUGACAUGUGUUUGUGGUUCAGAUAAGAAUAUCCAAUCCCUCAAGUACCAGCCCAUGGGUGGGAACUCGACAAGCCUUGUUACCGCCCACUGGGUAGGUACCCUUUGGACCAAUAUUCUGAUUCUAACCAUAACAUACAACAGAUAUUAUAAUUCUGUGACAAAUAAUGAAUAUUAAAACUGAAGAACAUAGCAACAUCUGUAUUAUAUUUUUUACAUAGCAUCUUUUGCAUUUUACGCCCUUGAAGUGCUCCAUUUAAUUAGUACUUUUAAAUAAGAUUAGGACAUCACUGUGAAUUACUCAUUUCACUCCACUUUCAAAACAAUCCAAUAUUGUAAUUGAAACUGGCUUUUAAUUGUUGCAUUAUUUCAAUUGUGAAACAAUAACCAAUUGACCUAUGACCUCUCAUUGCUAAUAAACUGGCAGAAUUUGGUAGUCCUUGAAGUCAUGUGACAAAAAUCUAUAUUAUGAAUAUAAUUAUGCUCAUUGUUUUUUGUAUAUUUAAAGUGCAAUAUUGUUAAUAAAUGAAUUAUAUAUUGUU